UAUUUUACUACGCGACUCACUCUCACGCCAAAGUAACGCUCAACAUGAGGGCCCUGAUCUGUCUGGUGCUGAUCUCCGCGGCAUUCGCCGUCGAGGAUAAGACCGUGAAGAAGCGCGGCCUGGUCGGUUUGGGUGAUUACGGUUAUGGUGGAUACGAUCUUGGACACGGUGGUGGAUAUGGUGGAUAUGGUGGAUAUGGUGGAUACGGUGGAUACGAUGGUGGAUACGGUGGAUAUGGUGGACACGGUGUCGCCGUCGCCGUCAAGGAGAAGACCGUCACCGUCCCCGUGGCGGUCCCCGUUGACCGUCCCGUACCCGUCAAGGUUCCAGUUGCUGUGCCGCAUCCAGUUCCAGUACCUGUCGCCGUGCCGCAGCCGUACCCUGUUGUCCACACCAAGACGGUCACGGUCCCCGUAGAGAAGCCCUACCCAGUCAAGGUCCCGGUUAAGGUGGCAGUGCCGAUACCCGCCCCGUACCCCGUACCUGUUAAGGUGUCCCAUCCGGUUCCAGUUCCGGUUCCACACCCCGUACCAGUCGCAGUCCCGCACCCGGUCGUCGUCAAGGAGACGGUCCCCGUUUAUGUUAAGAGCUACGGACACGGCUACGGGCACGGCUACGGCCACUACUAGAUGAAAUUUUUCCCCGAAAGUCACGCGCGCAUGUCCGUCCUAUCUUACCUACCUACCUACCUGCCCACCUGUUUGUCCAGCAUCGCAAAAUCCAUCGCGACGGGCGGCCAAACCUGCAGACGCUUCCUCCACCCGUCGCAGUACUCUGAAUUCAUGGAAUAAAUCAAUUUUGUAAAUGUUUUCGUAAAGAAAGAAA